AUGUCCGACUCGAUUGCCGCUCAGCUCUUCCCGAAACUCAAUGGACAUCAAAACCAAUUGCUUUAUCUCAUACUCACCGAGAAAUGCGAACCUAAGAACCUGUUUGUGGACACAAAUCUCGAUUACAAGACACACCAAAAGCGCGAAGACAUGGCAAAUGUGGUGCAAGUGAUGGUCCGCUUCUACGAGGAAUACUCGGCGAAGACAUCGCAGCGCCUGAAGCUAAUCGACGCCUACCUGUUGUACAUCCUGUUGACGGGAGUGAUCCAGUUCUUGUACUGCUGUCUUGUGGGCACAUUU